AUGCCUUCUCUUGCAGCCUUAUUGAGUGUCUCUGACAAAACUGGCCUUGUGGAAUUUGCCAGAAGCCUAACUUCUCUCGGUUUGGGCCUGGUCGCUUCCGGAGGGACUGCAAAAGCUCUCAGGGAUGCUGGUCUGGGAGUCAGAGAUGUCUCUGAGCUGACUGGAUUUCCUGAAAUGUUGGGGGGACGUGUGAAAACUUUGCAUCCUGCAGUCCAUGCUGGAAUCCUGGCUCGUAAUAUCCCAGAAGACAAUUCUGACAUGGCCAGACUCGAUUUCAGUUUCAUCAGGGUGGUCGCCUGUAAUCUGUAUCCCUUCGUGAAGACAGUGGCUUCUCCAGAUGUAACUGCUGAGCAGGCGGUUGAGCAAAUUGAUAUAGGUGGAGUGACCCUGCUGAGAGCAGCAGCCAAAAACCACGCUCGAGUGACAGUGGUGUGUGAGCCAGAGGACUAUGCCGCAGUGUCUACAGAGAUGCAGAGUUCUGAGAGUAAAGACACCUCCUUGGAGACUAGACGCCAGCUAGCCUUGAAGGCAUUUACUCAUACGGCAGAAUAUGAUGAAGCAAUUUCAGAUUACUUCAGGAAACAAUACAGUAAAGGAGUAUCUCAGAUGCCUCUGAGAUACGGAAUGAACCCCCAUCAAACCCCUGCCCAGCUCUACACAUUGAAACCCAGGCUUCCCAUCACAGUUCUAAAUGGAGCCCCUGGAUUUAUAAACUUGUGUGAUGCUUUGAAUGCCUGGCAGCUGGUGAAGGAACUCAAAGAGGCACUAGAUGUCCCGGCCGCUGCCUCUUUCAAGCAUGUCAGCCCAGCAGGUGCUGCUAUUGGAAUUCCACUCAGUGAAGAUGAGGCCAAAGUCUGCAUGGUCUACGAUCUCUACAAAACCCUUACCCCCAUAUCAACUGCAUAUGCAAGAGCAAGAGGGUCUGAUAGGAUGUCUUCAUUUGGUGAUUUUGUUGCAUUAUCUGAUGUUUGUGAUGUCCCAACUGCAAAGAUCAUUUCCAGAGAAGUAUCUGAUGGUAUUAUUGCCCCAGGAUAUGAAGAAGAAGCCUUGAAAAUACUUUCUAAAAAGAAAAAUGGAAACUACUGUGUUCUUCAGAUGGACCAGUGUUACAUACCAGACGAAAAUGAAGUUCGAACUCUCUUUGGUCUUCGUUUAAGCCAGAAGAGAAAUAGUAAUGUCAUCGACAGGUCAUUAUUUAGCAAUGUCGUUACCAAGAAUAAAGAUUUGCCGGAGUCUGCCCUCCGAGACCUCAUCGUAGCCACCAUUGCUGUCAAGUAUACUCAAUCUAACUCCGUGUGCUAUGCCAAGAAUGGGCAGGUUAUUGGCAUUGGAGCAGGACAGCAGUCUCGGAUACACUGCACACGCCUUGCAGGGGACAAGGCAAACUUUUGGUGGCUUAGACACCAUCCACAAGUGCUUUCAAUGAAGUUUAAAGCAGGUGUGAAGAGAGCAGAAAUCUCCAAUGCCAUCGAUCAAUAUGUGACUGGAACCAUCGGCGAGGAUGAAGACUUGAUAAAGUGGAAGGCACUGUUUGAAGAAGUUCCUGAAUUAUUAACUGAGGCAGAGAAGAAGGAAUGGGUUAGCAAACUAAGUGAAGUUUCCAUCAGCUCUGAUGCCUUCUUUCCUUUCAGGGAUAAUGUAGACAGAGCUAAGAGGAGUGGCGUGGCAUACAUUGCGGCUCCUUCCGGGUCUGCUGCCGACAAAGUUGUGAUUGAGGCCUGCGACGAACUGGGAAUCAUCCUCGCCCAUACACACCUGCGGCUCUUCCACCACUGAUUGUAUCACACCUUACUCUGCUUACGUGCAGGUUACUAGUCAUGUGGGAUUUUAGAAAUCACUUUUUUAAAAAAUAAAACAUUGCCUCUUAACUGGA